AUGACUUUGCAACAUGGUUUGCAGCAGCACACAGUUUUAGUUACACAACAUCGUGGACCGCAACAAGAGCCACAACACGGACCACAGCAACAAUCACAGCAUGGAUCACAACAUGAACAACAACAUGGAUCACAGCAUGGACUGCAACAAGAAUCACAACAUGAGCAACAGCAUGGGUCACAGCAUGAACUACAGCAUGGGUCACAACAACAACUGCUACAACAACCACAACGUGUUGAACGACAACAGGCUGGCAUAUUAAUAGUAAUAAUGUGA